UCCGACUUUCACUGCGAAUUCUAACCCUAACCCUAACGUCCUUCCGAUGGCGUCGUGUGACGACGAGUUUACGCUUAUCGGUGAUGACACCACCAACAGCCACCAUACCAAUGCUACUUUCCAUCACCACCUCUCGGCGGCCGCACAGUUAUUAAAGGCGCCUGCGUUUAACGCACCACCACCUCCACGGCCAACACAGGUUGCACAAGCCAAUGGCGAGGGUUACAUUGAAGACGCGUUCGGCUCACAGCCUAUGGUGGUUGUUACGUAUGAAAACGAGUCUGAUCCGAACAGAUCUGGGGUUAGCGGUGCAAGAAACGAGAAACGGAGCGACCGCGACGAGCUUAGCGACGGAGGAACGCCGUAUAGUUAUAAUAAGAAAGCGAGGAUAACGGGUUCUUCAUCAGGUGGUGGCGGAGAGUAUAGAAAGGAUAGAGAGGAGUGGACUGACGCGGCGAUCGCGUGUCUGUUAGACGCUUAUUUGGAGAAGUUUUUGCAAUUAAAUCGUGGGAAUUUGAGAGUUAGGGAUUGGGAAGAGGUGGCGGCAGUCGUGAGCGAGCGGUGCGAGCAUCAGUCAAAGAGCGUAGAGCAGUGUAAAAACAAGGUAGAUAAUUUAAAGAAGAGGUAUAAGUUGGAGAGACAGCGGAUUAUGAACAACAAUGGGGGGAACACCACAAGCCAUUGGCCUUGGUAUAAGAACAUGGAGCAGAUUGUUGGGAAUUCAUUGCCCUUGAAGGCUGUGUUGGACGAAGACAAGUCUGUAGGUGGAUUGAAUAGCUCCGGAAGACAAUCCAAGAGAUAUACGACAGCAACUUCUAGCCCAAGUGGUCAAAUUACUCAUAUGGAGCCAAAAUUAGUGACCAAUGCAAGAUGGCGGAGAGUUGUUUUUAAAAUUAGUGGUUCUGCUCUGGCUGGAACUGGUUCUCAGAACAUUGAUCCAAAGGUGGCAAUGCUGAUUGCUAGAGAAGUGUCGAUGGCUUGCCAAAUCGGUGUUGAGGUGGCGAUAGUAGUUGGUGGCCGCAAUUUCUUCUGUGGGGACACAUGGGUAACAGCUCCUGGUCUGGAUAGAAGUACUGCUCAUCAUAUUGGUAUGAUGGCGACUAUGAUGAAUUCCAUACUACUCCAGUCGACGUUAGAGAAGUUGGGUGUUCAGGCACGUGUGCAAUCUGUCUUAUGUAUGCCAGAGGUUUCUGAACCAUACAACAGACAACGGGCAAUCCGGCAUCUUGAAAAAGGGAGAGUUGUAAUAUUUGGUGGUAUUGGUGCUGGCACAGGAAAUCCACUCUUCUCCACUGACACAGCUGCAGCUCUUAGAGCCUCAGAAAUUCAUGCUGACGCAGUUGUUAAAGGAACCAGUUUACAUGGUAUCUAUGAAUGCGACUCCAUCAGCAAUGUCGGGUAUGAGCACAUUUCCUUCAGGGAGUUGGCUUCUAGAGGUCCAUCUCCAAUGGACAUGAUGGCUACGACAUUCUGUGAAGAGAAUGGGAUUCCAGUUGUGAUCUUUAAUCUUCACGAGCCUGGAAAUAUAUCAAGAGCACUGUCCGGGGAACAUAUUGGUACGCUAAUCGAUCAAACGGGAAUAAUUUGCUAAUUAUUGAUGUGGCCCUACACCCUAUCAGGUUCAACGACAUUGAAGUCCAUCAGGUACCACUCCAUUCACCUGCUACAUUUACUCAAUGCACACCAUGCCACUGAUUUCACCUGCUGGUUUCUGUUAGAAGGAAUGAUUUUUGGCAACUGGCGAUAUGGUGAUGGUUUUUGACCUAGUCGCUGUACCUUAACUGUUAUAGUUGUGUAAAUUGUCUAGAUGUAGAGGUCUUAGAUGGUGUGUUGUAGCAUUGAGGUCUUAGAUAGUGUGUUGCACUGUCUUGCUUUUUUUAUAGGGAAUGUAAUGGAACACUAGAUGAAUGUAAUUGUGAGGGAACAAAUUUGCCCGCCAUUGCGUUUUACGUUCCCGACUUUCUUCGUACCGUUUUACUGGUCGGAGGACGAGAGGUUAUGCGUUCAAGUCUAACAAGAGAGUUUGCUACGGUUCACGU